AUGUCGCACUUCACUAGCAAGAACCCAAAUGUAUCAGCAGAAUAUCAGCUGUCAACCUACAGUAACAUUUACCUAGGCAACAACGACUUAGAAACUACAGGUGCUGCGACUUCCUCCAACUUGCUCGCAUCUCAACAGUAUAAGAAUGAGGAUGGGUUUGGAAGCACCUACCUGGUAUCCUCAGAGCCGCGGCGUAGCAGAACUUUUGUUAAUGAAAAGACAAAGGAAGUUUGGAGUGACAAAAGACUAGCAGGGAUACGGAGCUUCGUGCUAUUCCAUCUCCCCUCCGUUGCAAUCACAAUUCUCCUCCUAGCGCUUUAUACCGUUCGCCAGGCAUGGAAUCCACCUGGUCCAUCGGCUGAGAUGUUCAGUGUACUUCAAUUCGCCGCUAAGGCCCACGAGGGACUCAUAUUGAUCUCCUUAUCUGAUAUUCUCCUCCACAGAAUCCGAUACGGUCUUCUGGGCGAGGAUGGUAUUCCUCUCGGCUUCCUCACUUCUGCACACCAUCUCCCAGCCCCCUUACUGUAUCUAUUUAGCUGGGAAUUUUGGGGCACAGUUUUCUAUCCGGCGCGAAACCGCCUCUCACACGCAAUCACGGUCGUUUUGAUCAUCGUCUUGAUCUUACUUGGAAUAGGUGCGGCUCCUUUGUCGGCAAUCGCAAUGAUUCCACGCUUACAAUGGCUAAGCGUCGAGGAUGUUGCCUCCUCAGAAGAACAAAUGAGAAGCAACUUCAAUGUUUCUUCGCCCCAGUUUAUCACUCAAGUUCGAUAUAUAAAUCCCGAUAUAUAUAGCCUCGAACUCAAUGCAAGCCGCUUGCCGGCGACGAAUGUCGGAGACUGCUUAGCCGCGGCGUAUGAUUUCACAACCCCCUGUACAAGCCCCAGCCUCUUCUUACAGAACUUUUGGUCAUCAAUUACACAGACGCCUGGAAAUCUGCGCUCGCAAUCCAGCGUGGCCGUCACACGGGUGGGGAGCUGGGCUCCCUACCGGCCAAUCUCGUUCUCGACCUUCACGAGUUUCCAAAGCCACAUUGCAUAUGCCAGCGCCCCAAUGUUCUUUCUGGCCCAUGCUCUAUCCUGGGAGGUUCCAGCAGUAUAUUCCUACUCGGAUAGGGACAUGAUGAUCAAAGCUCAUUCGGGCAAUGCAAAGUUUGAUCGAUGGAACCAACCACUUGUGGUUGUCGGCUGUCAAGAGGUGAAACAGAAUGUGUCAAUUACAGACACCCUCGAGUUUGAAUGGGACGACGAAACAUUUGGCACCUUUAAUCUAUCACUUGAUCUCCAAAAGCCUGUGUUCAAACCGCUCAAAGGGGCGUCGUCCUAUCCUCAAUCUAUUGUGCUGAAUCCUGCCGAGCACAUACCCGAAGUCAAAGCACCUCUUAGUGCGGCGAUAAUACUAAGCAGUGCUUCGCCGUGGGCUACCAACAAUUACUCGGGAGCGAUCACCAAUCUUUGUCUUGUUCAAGCACGUUGGAUGGAGGCAGACGUCUGGAUAAACACUGGCUCACCAACUGGCACACAGUUUGAGUUUGAUUUUGAAUUCAACGAAGGCAUAUACAAGCACAUGAAGGAAACUUCCACCGAAGGCAAUAUCAUCAAGAUGCAGAAGGACUGGGUGGAAGCGGUCGGCUCCAACUCAACCGACUCGCAGAUUUCUGCUUACUUGGACCUAUACUUCCCAAGCCUUGUGUUCCUAGCAUUCGUCGAGGAGACCGCGGAGAUAACCGCAACAUUCCUCUCCGAAAUUCUGGCAAUUUACUUUACAGAUGCGUUGACAACGUUGGGCAAAGCCUCAAGCUAUAUCGAGACCUCCAAUAUAUCUAGUACCAAUCGGCCACCCGGGCCGGAUGAUAUGGUCAUCAACUACGUACACUUUGAGCAUCUCUACGCCUAUGCAUUCAGCGGCGGCUACAGUGUGCCGCUGGCAAUAUCGAUCCUGUGCCUUCACGUCUUGAUUGUUCUGGGCCAUCACGCUCUUCUGUUCUUUACACCUCGCCCGUGGUUCAGCUCGCGUUGGGAGAGCAUUGGAGAGCUGCUCGCUCUGGCGCUCCGGUCGAGGCCUCCCCCAGAGAGUCGCAUGGAAAACGUCGGCGGCGGUGUGACGACUGCCAGAACUUGGGGAGCCCCGGUAGUGGUCCGAGAUUUGAACAACGGUGGGAAGCUAGAGAUGGUACUGGAAGAGGAUACGGGCAACGCCACUGGAGCUCAGCUUGGGCAUCACUCGUACGCAGAGCUUGCAAGGCCAGGGGUAAAGUACAGUUGA